AUGUCCUUCAAACCGCUCUGCCGCCCUGCCAUCUAUACUGUUCCUGUCGACGCCAGCGACCCGUUUUCGGUUCCUAUUGCGACGACAGAACCGCCCUCGAAAUUUGAGCGUGUGACACAUCCGCUCACCCCACCAGACGGAUGGUCAGUAUCUUCAUCCCCCAUCUCAACCAAUAAGUUUUAUGCAAACCUACUUCUGGGGGACCGCACGCAAACCAUGUACGUGCACCCGUACAGCAUAUGGUGGUCGUGCACAGACCAGUUUGGGUUUGCAGUGAAUGCAACUAAGCCAGCACAAUACACGUAUGGUCCUGAUGCAAAUGCGUCGACGGCACAAUACUUUUUCGCGCCGGUGGGGAUCAAGUCACUGGUGGUGGGAGCUACUGAGUUUACCGACGGCAGCUCGACGAUGAAACUGUUUGCACAGAACUUUAAGGAUUUUAGCGUUCAAGCAUACCUGUACAAUUCCACGGGACAGGUGUGGUUUCCAAUUGUCCAAGGAAUGGGGUUUUUGACUGCGGUUUAUUCGAACCUGACGCCGCAGAUUUCUUCGGCAGUUGGGUUUACAUCAAUUGAAGAGGUCCAAGCCCCACAGUCGACUAUGCGCAAGUAUGCAUUAUACUUGAAUAAUGGGGUAAGAUGGUAUUUGUAUAUUUCAUUGGAAUCAGGAACCAUUCCGUCGUUUUCACUUUCCGCAGACAAGUCCAAGGUGAUUGCUUCUAGCUCGGUCAAUGGGGCCGUUGUUCAAGUGACUGAGGCUACAGUAGGGUAUGGCAAUUACUAUGAUAAAUGUGCGGGUCGUUAUCAAACAGAUGCAUACCUAACAGGCUCAGUUUCUGGGAACCAAGCCCACUAUAAGAUUCAGUACGUGGCUGAGGGGAAAAGUACCAUAGGGAUGCCGCUGGUGUAUGCGGCGCCCCACCACCGACAGAUGCUGUACAAUAUGGGCGGAGUGAAGGUCACACCGCUAGAAAUGUACUCUCCGACGCUGGGGUUGAUGAAGGGGUAUGUGAGCACGGUUUUGGAGUUUUUGGAUACUAUUCCCACAACGAUUGGAUUUUUGCCCUAUAAUCAGUUGACGAGUCCAGUAAAGUACACAGAGAGUGAGUUAGAGGUUGAGUGUGGGGUGGAUGUGAAACAGCAAGAAGAUGAUGAGUUUUACAUGCUGCGGAAGUGCUCGGCCAUGAGCUCGCCAUAUGUUUCUGAUGCAGUGGCGACCAAGCUGACGACAAUUGCUACAGCAGAGCUUCAGGAGGAUAUUAUAGCCCAGACCAAUUUGGAUUCCAUGUACUUUAGCGGUAAGGGAUUGGACAAGUUUGCCAAUGUACUGAUGACUGUCAUGUAUAUUGUGAAUAACCGGACAUUGGCGGCUCAAGGAUUGGCUUUGUUGAAGACUGCGUUUGCGCGAUUUGCAAAUAACGCGCAGAUCAACCCGUUGGUUUAUGAUACCACAUGGAAGGGACUUGUUUCCAAUGCUGGAUUGACGAAUCCUGAUGCUGAUUUUGGCAAUACCUAUUACAACGACCAUCAUUUCCAUUAUGGAUACUUUAUACAUGCGGCGGCUGUGAUUGGGCUUGUGGACCGGGAUCUUGGAAUCAAUACAUGGGUGGCACAGAAUAAAGAUUUUGUGAAUAACUUGGUGCGGGACGUGGCAAAUCCGUCAUGCACAGACCCCUACUAUCCGCGGUGGAGGUCGUUUGACUGGUUUGUGGGUCACUCAUGGGCCAAGGGCUUGUUUUUGAGCUCUGACGGAAAGGACGAGGAGUCGUCAUCUGAAGAUGUGCACUUUGCAUACGGGAUGAAGCUAUGGGGCCGAGUUGUUGGAGAUGAUGCAAUGCAAGCGCGUGGUAACAUUAUGCUUUCAGUGUUGCGGCGGUCGCUGAAUUGCUACAUGUUGUAUGCAAACAAUAACACGGUGAUGCCAGCAAAAAUUGUGGGCAAUAAGGUGAGCGGGAUCUUGUUUGAAAACAAGGUAGACUAUACGACAUACUUUGGGACCAAUGUCGAGUACAAGCACGGGAUCCAUAUGAUUCCUGUGACGUCGGUGUCGUCGUACAUUCGUAAACCUGGGUUUUGUCAGGAAGAGUGGGACAACAAACUGGCCACACUUGCGCCGACCCUGACGUCUGGGUGGAAGGGAAUUCUCUACCAAAACAAGGCGCUGUAUGACAAUGCAACAGCAUACGGGGUUUUCAAUGACGAUUCGACAUUUUCAGCGGCGUAUCUAGACGGCGGCAUGUCGCGGACAUGGGCGCUGGGUUAUUGUGCAUAUGUGGGCAAGUAUUGA